GAACACUGAGCGAUAUAUUUUUCCCUAGAUAUUAUUCUAGUAGCUACCUAAUCUGUGCUGUGUAUUUUUAAUUUUGUUAUUGGUACUUUGUGGCAAACAUAUUCUGAAAAUCUUGGACUGAAAUCAAAUUACAGUGCCUAUAUAAAUAAGUGAGUACCUACAUUCAUUUUACAAUAAUUCAGUUGUUUGCAUCAUUUCAAUGUGAAGGUGUGUACUUUUUGUAUAUUGGACUCACUAAAGCAAUUUUAAAAAUGUAUGUAGGGGAGCCCGGGUCUGGUGCAGGCAAAGGAGGUGGUGGCGGCGGUUCAAUCCGUGAGGCGGGAGGCUCCUUCGGCAAGAUGGAAGCUGCAAGGGAGGAUGAAUACUUUUACAAAAAGCAAAAGGAGCAGUUGUCAAACCUCAAAGGCCACUUGGACAAGGAGAUCAACUUCCACCAGGAGCAGAUCAAACGUCACGAGGACGCCAUACGCCGCCACAAACAGCAAUUGAGCGAAAUGGAUACGAAAAAUUAAAUAACAGUAUAAAUAAAAAAACGUUUUAUUAUAAUUAUAUAUUAGUUUUUGCCCACAACUUAAUUUGAAAGAUUUUGGGGGUAACACGAUUCUUUUGACGUAUAGUUAGGUAUUUACCGUUCCUUUCUUUCGCUAUAUAAUUAUUUUAAAUAAAGAACAUCUCUGGAAAAAUUUGAAUUUUUAUAUUCAGCGGUUUUGAUCCUGCAUUGAUAUGUCAAUCAGUCUGGGUCCUCUUUUAUAUAUUUAUAAAGAUCUAACCAAUGUUGUGGUCGCUUUUAUUUUGUUUAGUUGUUAGAUUCAAGUUAAAAUGUCAAAUAUAUGGUAUGUGACUUA